AUGGAGUCAGGCAUAUCCCAUGCUGCGCCAGGUGUCGUGGCUGCGUCAGCACCAUCUGCAGGGGACUUAAUUCUUCAACAAAGAACCCAGACGCUUCAGAAUGCUCAGUCGGCUCAAAAUGGGGACGGUAGUCUCUGGUCACAACUAACAUCCAAUCCCUUAUUCACAGCUGGCUUUGGCCUUGCAGGUUUAGGAGCGGGACUCACAUUUGCGCAACGGGGCCUUCGUCAAGGUGCCGCCUUGCUACGUCGCCGCAUGUUGGUUGACGUCGAGAUCAGCAUCAAAGAUGAUUCAUACCCGUGGUUUCUCCACUGGAUGACCCUUUACCAGCAAUCACAACUAGGUGCGACUCGUGCAGCUGCCAACUCCGGCUAUAUCGAUCGUCUUCUCCAGAAAAUGACACCCGGGAUGCGCCAUCUCUCCAUCCAGACCCAAAAGGUGGAACACGCCAAUGGCGCCUUGAAUACACACUUCUCCUUGGUGCCGGGACCCGGAAAACAUGUCCUCCGCUAUAAGAACGCUUUUAUCUUCGUCAACCGCAUACGGGAAUCCAAGUCCCGUGAUCUCCAGACCGGAAAGCCAUGGGAGACGAUCACUCUUACUACUCUCUACUCCCAUCGCCAUAUCUUCGAAGACCUCUUUACCGAAGCCCAUGCCUACGCUGCCAAAUCACAUGAAGGGAAAACAACGAUAUACAAUAGUUGGGGUACGGAAUGGCGGCCAUUUGGCAACCCGCGGCGGAAGCGUCCACUGGAUUCGGUGAUUUUGGCGGAGGGCGUCAAGGAACGUAUUGUGGAAGAUGUUCAGGACUUCAUUUCAAGUUCAUCUUGGUAUUACGACCGGGGCAUUCCGUAUCGACGCGGAUAUUUGUUGUACGGCCCACCUGGAACAGGCAAGAGUUCUUUUAUUCAGGCGCUGGCAGCUGAGCUUGAUUACGAUAUUGCAAUUUUGAAUCUCAGCGAGCGUGGGUUGACCGAUGAUCGAUUGAAUCAUCUUCUUACUAUUGUUCCGAAGCGAACCUUGGUUCUGCUGGAAGAUGUGGAUGCAGCUUUCUCCAAUCGCCGUACGCAGUCCGAUGACGAUGGUUAUCGUGGGGCAAAUGUGACUUUUUCCGGCCUACUGAACGCGCUUGACGGAGUGGCUAGCGCCGAGGAACGCAUUGUCUUCCUCACCACCAAUCAUGUCGAGAGGCUCGAUGAGGCCUUGGUCCGACCGGGGCGCGUGGAUAUGACUGUUCGUCUUGGCGAAGUAUCGCGCUAUCAAGUUGGCCGACUCUGGGACCGAUUCUACGAAGAUAUUGACACCGAUGGGUCCCAUCGGAAACUGUUUCUUGAUCGACUCCAAGAGCUAGGCCUGAUCGAGGAUGAAAAUGGUCACAAGGCUGAUCGCUCUAGGAGCACGAGCGCAGCAGCCCUUCAAGGGCUGUUCCUGUAUAAUAAGGGUAAUAUGGAGGGUGCGAUCGCCAUGGCCGAGGGACUUACCCAUUCGGUACACGAUGAGGCUAUGGAGCAUGGCCAGGGUCCCGAGUAA